AAAAAAGGAAGUGCUUUUGCCUUAACUGAUAAAAAACGUAGAACACGUUCCAACAUCAGAGGGCAAAUCCAAGUAGCCAUUACCCAAUACCCAUCCACAGUGACCUAAGCAAUGGAAGAAAUUCCCUCCACAUCCAACGCUGCAAUCCCUCCAUCUUGGGAAAAUAUUGAACGCUCCGAAAGUUACCUUGUGUGCUGUAUGUACGAGGAAGCAGCCUCUUUGUCUCACUCUGUUUUGAAGCGCUUGUGUGAGAUUAAUUCUAACAGUAAUAAGCCCUAUUAUGAAAUUGUUGAGGGCGGUGAUGAAUUGGAUGAUAUGUUGGAGUCAGCUGGAAUGGUCUAUGUUCAGUCCUUGAACCAACUUGGAAGGACAUUGGAAAUACUGAAGGAACUUAAGCUAUUGUUUGGAUCAGUCACUGCCAUCCCUGUGCAAGUUUUCCUUACUGGGGCAUGUCUUCAGAUACCUGGCGGCAUUUCUUCUGAUUUUCAAGAAAUUCUUGAGGAAUUCCUUAGCAAGUGGAAAUACAUGGACGGAAAUUAUUACAGUUCUUUUAGUGUUGGAAAUGAUGUAACUUAUGUUGAAGGAUUCAGUAAGCAGUUUGUGCUCGGAGUUGACAAAUAUCUGGAAAUUGUUGAGCUCUAUGUGAUAACUUUUCUUGGAAGGAUUAUGAGAAAUGUAGAUCUUGCUGUUUCAUGGGUUGAGAAAGCCAGUUUACCUGAGGAGAAGCGGCAGCAUUUGCUGAGGCAAUUACACUCCAUGAACACUUCAAAGCUCAGCAGUUCAUUGGAACCUGCCACUGCAUCACUAUUGCAAAUGGAUGAAUAUGGGACUAAAUCUGCUUCCAUAAAGGAAGAAGAAACAUUCAGUGGUUCUGCACACAAUUUCAGUUCAGAGAAUAAUACAAAGCAAGCACUUAAGGAAAUGUACAAAAACAGAGUUCCGUUUUGGUGGUUCCGCACCAUAACUUUGAAGUUUGGAAACACUAGGUUCGUUGUAUCAAAUGGAAAUAUUUUCCUUUGCUGUCUAGCUCUUCUCUUAUUUUAUAUCGUGAGGAGGAAGUCAAAUUUACGGAGCAUUAUUAGAAAACAAGCUUCAUCUGUGAAGAAGGCUUUGUCUGACCUUUGGGAACUUGCAUUCUCCUACCAAGUGAACCCUCUAGCUGCAGUUCAAUCUCUCCCUACUGCCACGCAUCAAACCCGGUGAUGGCGCCGUUUUGUCUUCCUCAUUGUUAUCUUACCAUACAAUACAAUACAAUACAAAUACUUAAGAUAUUAUUGAACUGUCCAUUGAGGGGUUUCAACAUAGAGAAAAAACUCUGGUGAUGAAUAAAUUUUUUGGUUUAUAUUAGGCUGAGUCCUGUGUAGUCAUAGAUGCAAAAAAUGUUGCAUAAAAUCACUAUUUACAUUGGGACCUUAUGUCCUACACUUGUUCUUUUGAUUGCGUGCAAGUUUUUAUUGCGUCUAA